AAGAAAAAGUUGAAGAAUAUUUUAAAAAAUUUGCCAAAACGAAACACGUUCAAAAGCGUAAGAUUUCAACAGGGAGUGAUGAUUAUGAACCUGAGUUUGUGGGGAAGAAACGUCUCAGAAAAAUCAACCCCAAGUACGCGUCAGCUUCAUUUGAAAAUAUGGAGUCGUUUUCUGAAAAAAAAGAUGAUGAAAAAAAGAAAGAAAAGAAAGAUGACCGAAAAAAAAAUGCUGAGAAGAUUCUUCAAGAAGCUAUCGACAAAGAACUUUCACAACAGCGUGAUACUGAAAAAAAAAAGACAAGUCAUAAGCUGGAUAUUAAAGUUGCUAAGACAGAGUCCAAAAAACAGUCGGAUAAGAUUUUGAAGGAUAAAACUCUUUUGAAAGAUUCUUCUGGCUCACCAUCAGUAUCAGAUGCUGACCUAUUCAAAAAUAACGAAGUUACCAGUGACACAUCUAUCACUGAAAGUGAAUCGAGUCUUACUUUGUCAAAUAAUGAUUCCCAGUACAGCGGUCCUCCAGAUGAUCCGCUAGCUACUUCGGAACUAGAGAAUGAUCCAUCAGGUACUAAUACACCAGUAAAAAAACCACCAAGUGUUGAAAAAUCUGCAGUUGAGCCACCAGUUACUCAAGAAACAGAUCCUGAUCUUUUUGGAAAGGAUUACCCUGAUGAUAAGAUGACUCGGUUAGUUGGUGAAACAUAUUGCAAGAGCCGUGACUAUGACCUUGCUAUAUCCGCUUCAACUCAAGCAUCACACCUUGUUCGUCGAUUAAUAACUGGAGUUUUCAAGCCAUCCGGCUACUUAAAAGCUACGUUUACUGGUCAGGUGCCCAGAGCCCAUAAAGUUAAAAAUCCAAAAGAAAUAAAACCCCUGAAUAUCACCGCAAAAAAUGCUAUAAUUGAAUUCGCUCUUAAAGUAGCUCAGGAUAAAAACUGGAAAAAUAAAAAGGGCGUUGCAACAACUAGAGAAGAAUUGCAACAUGUAAUGACACAACGUCUAGGAGAACUGAAGAGGAGCGCUGAGCUCAAUAAAAAGAAAAAUGACUCAACAGAAUCCUCUCUAUAAAGUGUCAUCACACAUGCUCUAUUUAAUUUUUAUAUUUGUCGGUUUUUUAUUUUAAAAAUAAUAAUUAUUACGGUAGUAUAUUUGGAUAACUUUAAGUUCUCACUUUAAAUUUAAUUUAAACAGUGUUUAAACACAAAAAUGUA